CGGAGCUAUAUCUAUAGAUAUAGAGCAGGCAGAGUGUAGACUGUAGAGUUUCGCGCUGCGAGAGGAUUUCGACUAUGGCACGCUGAUAAUAAAUAGAUUAGGCGAAAAGCAUCAAUAAAUUCUUGCCCAGCCGACGAGUUCAACGAGCUAUACGAUGGCUUCACAAACACCCUAUAUCAAAGACGAUCAAGGAACGUUCAUACCUGCGAGUCAGCGUCCAGAUGGAACAUGGAGGAAGCCUAGGAGAGUAAAAGAUGGCUACGUACCACAAGAAGAAGUUCCAUUAUAUGAAAGCAAAGGAAAGCAGUUUGUCAAAAAUAAACCAGCAUACCCUGUUGGUAUGUCUGCAGAGUAUGUAGCUGCCCAUAAAGCGAAAAAAGAACUAGACACCUCCAAGUCGAAUCCUAUUCCUGGAUUAGUUAUACAAACUGAAACUAAAAAGAAAAAGAAAAAGGGUAAAAGUAAAGGAGUAGCAGCAGUGACUGAAGAUCUUGCCAAGACAACGCUAUCUGAUCAAGCCCCAAGUGAAAAGAAGCAGCAAACUACAAAUGAGAAACCUAAAACUCAAAAUGAGAAACCCAAGACUCCAAAUGAGAAACCUAAAUCCCAAAAUGAAAAACCAAAAGCUAAUGAUCCCCCUGCUGAAGCUGCAAACAAACACACAUCUACAACAGAUCCUUUAAAAAGGCUAAAGAAUCUUAGAAAGAAAAUUAGAGAAAUUGAGUCCUUGGAUAAGAAAAUCAAGAGUGGGGAAAUUAAAAAUCCAGACAAGGAAAUGCUAGAGAAAGUAUCGAGGAAAGCCGAAAUCCAGCAAGAAAUUAAACAACUUGAGGCUAAUCAGUAAUUAUGCUUCAUAUUGGAGCUUUAUAAGAAAGUUGGAUUUUGUGCCAUUUUGUAUAAUACCUCUUGAUGAACUCUGACCAAAAGCAGAAGACGAAACGUGAAUUAUCGAAUUUUAUUGUUGCAAAGUGUGAUUUAUUGAAUUUAUUAUUUCCACACUAUAUUUUACUCAUAAAUAAUGUAGAAUGACUAUUUGGGUGACAUCGACAUGUAUAAAUUUAUACUUAAAAAAGUAAAAAGAAUUAAUAUUAUAAAUUUGUGUUUUCAUUAACUAUAAUUAAGUAUGUAUACCCUAAUUACAAACGUAUGAUUGACAAGACAUUCUCGUUCAUGACAAAUGAAGGAUGCUCUGAUUCUUCAAAGUUCAGAUCACCACGAGCGCAUUACGACGCGCGUAAGUUAAAAUUAAAAUUUCUUUUGCUAAGUCGAUCACACAAAACGUAAAAUGAUUACUUGUUGCUGUGUGAAAAUAUACGUCAUAAUUUUACUAAUAAUAUUGGCACUGAUUCCUGUAGCCAUUAUUUUUAUUUAUAAUCCAGAAUUACUUGGUAUAGAAAAUAAAAACAAUAGCACUUUAAUGAUUGAGGUUAAAGCCAAAACUGAUGAAAUUUUAUUUGCCAAGCAUAAAGAAAGUCAAGAUUCUCAGAUGAGCUAGGAGUUGGUGCCUAUAUAUGUAAUGGUUUUGUUCUUCCUAUAUACAUUAGCUAAGAGAAUUUUAUGAUUUAGUAUGAUAAAAAAGAAACUAAAAUUUAUAAUAAUAUAACUUGUAAUAAA